UUUCCCUUCCUGAUUACUCCAGAGCCCGAUCUCAUUUUCCUCUCAUAACUAACUCCCUUUUUCUGAAACAGACCCUUCAACUAACCUCACAAAAAUGAUCUGAUUCCUCCUCUCCUUCUUCCCAUUCCAUUCCACCUGCUUCACUCCGUCACCAUCAUCCACCCUAGUCCAUCUCUAUCUCUAUAUCUCUGCGUCGAAGAAGAAGAAGAGGCAGAGUGCAGAAGCAUGAAACAGCUACACAAGCAACCGAGCGUGAAUCACAGGAGGGACGAAGAGAUCCCAACCUCCCUAUCCUCCUCCUACUCCCCCAAAGCCUUCAAGCACCCCAGAUCUCUCCCCAGAUCCAUCAACUACAUCUUCAGAGAGCAACGCCUCCUCUUCAUCCUCGUCGGCAUUCUCAUCGGCUCCACCUUCUUCAUCCUCCAGCCCACUCUCUCCCGCCUCUCCCCUUCCGAGCCCAAUCCCUCCAUCCCCCGAUCCUUCUCCUCCUCCUCCCUCCACGACCGUAUCAACACCGCCUCCUUCUCCACCGACCUCCGCAGCAACGCCGGCAGGGUCCCCGCCGGCCUCGGCAAGCGCAGGCUCAGGAUCGUCGUCACCGGUGGCGCCGGCUUCGUCGGCUCCCACCUCGUCGAUCAGUUGCUCUCCAGAGGGAACGACGUCAUCGUCAUUGACAAUUUCUUCACCGGGAGGAAGGAGAAUGUGGCGCACCAUUUCGGGAAUCCCAGGUUCGAGCUCAUUCGCCACGACGUCGUUGAGCCGAUUCUGCUGGAGGUCGAUCAGAUCUACCAUCUGGCCUGCCCGGCCUCGCCUGUUCACUAUAAGUACAAUCCGGUCAAGACAAUCAAGACCAAUGUGAUGGGGACCCUUAAUAUGCUAGGCCUUGCGAAGCGAAUUGGGGCUAGGUUUUUAAUCACUAGUACCAGUGAGGUCUAUGGUGAUCCACUGGAGCAUCCUCAGAAGGAGACUUACUGGGGAAAUGUCAAUCCUAUAGGUGAGAGGAGCUGUUAUGACGAAGGAAAGAGGACGGCAGAGACUCUGGCAAUGGAUUAUCAUCGAGGUGCAGGUGUUGAGGUUCGUAUUGCUCGAAUUUUCAAUACAUAUGGGCCACGUAUGUGUUUGGAUGAUGGGCGUGUUGUCAGCAAUUUUGUUGCUCAGGCUAUCCGCAAACAACCAUUGACUGUGUACGGUGAUGGUAAACAAACACGAAGCUUCCAAUAUGUCUCUGAUUUGGUAAAUGGACUGGUGGCGUUGAUGGAAGGCGAACAUGUGGGGCCUUUCAACCUGGGAAAUCCCGGGGAAUUCACCAUGCUAGAGCUUGCUGAGGUUGUGAAAGAAACAAUUGAUUCCAGUGCAACAAUAGAAUUCAGGCCAAAUACUGCUGAUGAUCCUCAUAAGAGGAAACCUGAUAUUGGCAAAGCAAAAGAGCUGUUGAACUGGGAGCCAAAAGUAUCACUGAGGGAGGGACUGCCUCUAAUGGUGAGUGAUUUCCAGAAUCGCAUUUUAAAUGAGGAUGAAGGAAAAGGGAAUUAAUUAAUAAUGAAAGGACAACCAGUAUGUAUAGUGUGAAGCAUGGCUGUAUCUUAAUUCAUUCGUUUAUUUUUGUCAUCCUCAACUUACAUUAUCUGGCAAUUCUAGCAAAAUGCAAUAGUAGGAAGAUGUAUCUCUUGUUUCUCACUGUGCUUGAUUAGCACGAAAUCCACAAUCACUAGAUUUUGACAAUUUUGACCACUGUUUCUGGCACAAUCUGUGGUGGUGGAAUGUAAUCCUCAAUUAUUUUUGUUGACAGUUUUGGUAUCUUGAAAGGAAAGUGUUAUUAUAUGCACAAAAUUCUAAUUCUAGA